CCAUUCAUCCCCAAGCCAUCGGUUUGACCUCCUAUUUUCGGAUUCCCGUCUACUCAUUGUUUGCUGCACUCUCCCGCCCAGCCCAUCCCACAAUCCUUUGAUCUAAAUCAUCCGUCAAUACUAGCCCAAUGGCUCUCAAUCUCCCCAAUCUACGCCGAUUGUUUGUGGAUGCGCGGAGCGAUGCGGAGGAGAGCGAAUAUUCGAGAAACGCUUUCUACAAUCUUGUUCUCUUCAUGUCGUCCGUGGCGGUCGUCAGCAUCGUCGCUCAAAGGAUGACCCCGACGCGGGGGCUAGGCCGCCUGACGUGACGGGGUCGGUGGCGGGGUAAAAGAAUUAAAGAAGCCGUGCAUGUCGGUCGAUGCUAUCGUAAGUUGGACCACCUGACGGGUCGAAUUGGGAAUGGUCGACGGGUUCCAGACCGGCGUCUCGGCGCGUCGGGGCAGCCCGAGCAAACCCAACAUUGCGACGGCCAGACCGGCAUCAGGAUGUCUCGGCUGAGUUCCCGAGGGCACGCCCGGCGAGUUUGAUAAGCGCGUUGGCAGUAUCGCACGCCUUGAGGGAUGGGCGUGCAGCCACACUGGUAGCCACGGAAGAUGAUGUAACACAUGAUGGCGCGACGAAGGGAGGGAACGGGCUUCGUGGAGGGCGGGGUUGGGAAUAUCGUUCUAC